AUGGCAGCCGGGUUUCACGCAGGAGAUGCUGGACCCUGCAUGGCAGCAAAGGUGCACUACGAGGAGGUCACACUGGAGAUGCUGCUCGGCCUCGCUUCUUACAUCCGCCCACUCUUUUUCCCGCCGCCCCCUCUCUCUCCGUUUCCUCUUCUCCCCUCCUCCCCCCCCCCCGCUCUCCUUCCCCUUUUCCCCUCUUCUUCUUCCCGCCCUUCUCCUUUUCCCCACCCCGUCUCCUUCCCCCUUAGCCCCUUUCCUCCCCCGGCCCCAUUUCUGGUGGGGGCUGCCAGGAAGGCGCCGUGGAGUGGGGCACUGUUCAGUGCUCCCAGUGACGGCCGGGCCAGCAAGUAG